UUCUAACCUGUCUAUACUACUCCAGAAUGUCUCCUGUGCCCAGAUUCUAAUGUGUCACACACAGUGAAUGACCCCAUGCUGAGUGGCGCCUGGAGUCAGUGCCUGUCUGGGACUUCCUGGUAUUUUGAGGGCUGGAUCUGAUUUGAUCAAGGCCAUUCACAAUUGGUCAGAGUGCUCCCAGCCCCUUAGUUUUUCUCCCAUGAAAACACUGCAUGGCCUCAAAGCAGCUGGGCAGGUCUCCAUUCAGGUUCUCCUACUUGCUUGGAGAAUAUCUUGCUGUUGACAGCUCUCUGUCCAAGUACCUUCCAGAUAUACCUACUAGCCCUGCCUUCUGUGAAGUUGUUUUCCCAUUCCUGAUUUGUUUUAGUUACUUCAUUUUUGGAAACUUGGCUCUGUGUCGCUAGCUAUUGAGCCAACGUGUUAGUCUAUGAUCCCUGAAUGGGGAUCCGGGAAGAAAUUAUGCCAUCAAAUGCACUGCAACCACCCCAUCCGCCGCCUUUGGAGCCCUGAGCACAUGCCCACCCUGUGCUUUGUGGAAGGAAGUGAGCAUCUUGCCUGGGUAGCUGCUCCUGCUUUCACCUUUGGGUGCCUCUUUUUUUGUUUUCAGCCUGGGGUGAUGCUGAUUCAUCUCAGCAAGUAUUAAUGGGGCUCUGUGUGUGACACAGGCAGUGUGUAAGGAGUGCCGGGCUAACAGCUGAGAGCCACACUUUUCCCCGGAGAGCCUUCCUUUGGAGUGGGAAGUCGGGGAGCUACAAUGUAUUAUUUAUCAGGCCCGUUCCUGGCGACUUGCUUAAUUUCUCUCACCAUAUGAAGGAUUUGAUAUUUUCUUCAUUUUUUUUCCCAGAAGAGGAAACAGACUCCAAAAUCUGAAUAGCUUGCACAGUCCAAACAAAGGCAAGGGUGCAGCUGUGUGUUCCCUCACUCUGUCUUGGGUCCAACUACUAAGGUAGCUUCCCGGCUAUGCCAUGCCAUGGGGUGCUCUCCCAAGAGCUCCUGUGUUCUUCCAGAUAAAAAUGGUUAGGGGAAUCUGCACUAGGUGCUCCCCCUCCUAGUGAGAACCCUCAGCGCACGUGAGCAGUUUGUCACAUCGUCAGCCUACAAGGUGCUCUGAGGGCUCCUGGAGACUGAAUCCAUGCAUCUCCACGUUAUCUAAGCUCACUUACCAGGGGAGUUUCAGGCCGUCUGCAGUUCAUCCGCUACCCCUGAGAACUGUCGUUUGCUGAGACAGACUUCACCCAUCUAAAAACACAGGCAGAAGUGAAUCUUGAUCAGCUCUGCUUUGUGACUGAAGAGUGAGCGUUCCCCUUCUGUGUAUGUUUGUGGCUUUUCCUUUUCUUAGACCCUCUCUACUCCUUUUAAAGAUCAAGAGACCUAUGGGAAGUUAGUUAGAGGUUCCCCAGGAAAAGACCAUCCACUUCAGGUGUGUGUGUGUGUGUGUGUGUGUGUGUGUGUGUGUGUGUGUGUGUGUACACUCACACACUGAGACACAAAGGGAGAGAGGGGUUAGUUUUGCCCUCUGGCUGACUUGAUUGAAGGAAAUCUGUAAAUGGACCUUUCAGCUGGGCCCGGCUUUCUCCCCUCCCUCUAUCUAGCUGCCUAAGAAGCAGUAAUGUAACUGAGUCAUUUGGAAUAUUUUUGUUGUUGUUGUUGUUGUUCUUAUUGUUGUUGUUUGCUUGCUGGUAUGUUAGCUUCAGAAGCUUUGCAAAGUAUAUAUUUUCUUAAUGACUAAAAGUGUAAACCAUUUUACUCAGCCUUAAGUAAAUUGACCUUAAAUCUGCUUCCUUACCAUUCUAUACUUGCUGUGUUUUUCAUGUCUCAUAAAAGCAUUCACGUGCUCAUAUGAGAGAGAUGCUUGAUUUCUUGUAUAUCCGACACCAAGCAGUAUGCUCAAUUUAAAAGAUGUAAAGAAAGAGCUGGAGAGGAGGCUCGGCAGAUAAGAGCACUGGCUGCUCUUCCAGAGGAGCUGAGUUUAAUUCCCAGCACCGACAUGGUGGCUCGCUACUGUCUGUGACUCCAGUCCUAGGAAGCCUAACACCCUGUCCUGGUCUCUGUGGGAACUACACAUAUGUGCACAUCCAUAAAUGCAGCCAAAAUACCCACGCCCAAAAAAUAUUUUUUUAAAAAAAUAUUAAUGCAAAAAUGAGUUUGAGCUUGCCAAAUGGGCCCUGCUGUCUGCGCCAGGUGUGAAGCGCAGCUCUUUGAUGAAUGCUGUUUCACACUGAGUUGUGAUUGGCUGUAGGUUUGACUUAUGAUUUACUCAGUCACUAGAGGUUUAUAAAUAUGUGAAAUCCCCCACCCCAAUCAAGAAGAACAAACCAUUUUAAAGUAAACAGUACAGUAGUGUUUAGAACAUUCUUGAUGUUGUGCAACACCUCCCCCAUCUCAUACUGAAGCCUUUCCCACAGUCCCAAGCUCUCACUAAGCAGUCAGCCCCAGUCUUGCUUCUGAGCUGUCUGUGACGAUUGACCUGUCUAGAUGGAAUGCAUAAACAGAAUCAUGUAGCAUGCGGCUUUGGUGUCUACUGUCUUUCACUUAAUAUUCUAUAGGGCCAUGCACGCUAUUGUACUGAUGAACCACACCAGUAUUUCAUGACUAUCUUACGCCUGAAUAAAAUUGUACUGUACGUACAUACCAAAAUUUGUGUAUCCAUUCAUCUCUUCACCCCACCGCUGAGCCUUGCAAAUAAAGCGUGUGUGGACCCGAUCCUACAAGUGUUUGCUUGAGGUAUCCAUUUCCAGUUGUUUUGCUUAUAUACCUAGAAUUAACUUUUAAAUAACACAUACAGUUUUCCACAGUGACUAAACCAUUUCCUGUCCCCACCAGCCACACAUAGGACUUUGAUUCUGCAUAUUUUUACUAAUACUUAUUUUCUUAAUUUUUUUAUUGUAUCUAUUCUAGUGGGCAUGCAAUGAUAUCAUCUUAGGCCUCUGAUUUGUAUUUCCUUAUCUGGUGAGGUUGGGCAGCCUUCAUGUGUUCGCUGGACAUUUAUAGCUUUUCUUAGAGAAGUGCCUGGCUUUUCAAAUGAUUGUCUGUCUUCUGCUGUUGAGCUCACUGCUGCUUCAAAUGAACUCCGCGUUAGGCAGCCGAAAGAUUCAGGAGGCGUCAGAAAACACUCCCAUAGAAAUGAAUCAACGGUACGCUGCAGGCUGAGCAGACUGCACGUUGAGCCUCAGAGAUUUAUGGAGAACAGCAGCAUAAUUGCUUGCUAUAAUGAACUGAUUCAAAUAGAACACGGGGAAGUUCGCUCACAGUUCAAAUUACGGGCCUGUAAUUCAGUGUUUACAGCGUUAGACCACUGUCACGAAGCCAUAGAAAUAACAAGUGAUGACCAUGUGAUUCAGUAUGUCAACCCUGCCUUUGAGAGGAUGAUGGGCUACCACAAAGGGGAGCUCCUGGGGAAGGAACUCGCUGACCUACCUAAGAGUGACAAGAACCGGGCAGACCUCCUGGACACCAUCAACACGUGCAUCAAGAAGGGAAAGGAGUGGCAGGGGGUUUACUAUGCCAGACGGAAAUCCGGGGACAGCAUCCAACAGCACGUGAAGAUCACCCCAGUGAUUGGCCAAGGAGGGAAAAUUAGGCACUUUGUCUCCCUCAAGAAGCUGUGCUGUACCACUGACAGUAACAAGCAGAUUCACCGGAUUCAUCGUGACUCCGGGGACAACUCUCAGACAGAGCCUCAUUCGUUCAGACACAAGAGCAGGAGGAAAGAGUCCAUUGAUGUGAAAUCAAUAUCUUCUCGGGGCAGUGAUGCGCCAAGCCUACAGAAUCGCCGCUACCCCUCCAUGGCCAGGAUCCACUCCAUGACCAUUGAGGCUCCCAUCACAAAGGUUAUAAAUAUAAUCAAUGCAGCUCAGGAGAACAGCCCAGUUACAGUAGCAGAGGCCUUGGACAGAGUCCUAGAAAUUUUACGGACCACAGAACUGUAUUCCCCUCAGCUGGGAACCAAAGAUGAGGAUCCCCACACCAGUGACCUUGUUGGGGGCCUGAUGACUGAUGGCUUGAGGAGACUGUCAGGGAACGAGUAUGUGUUUACAAAGAAUGUGCACCACAGUCACAGUCACCUCUCGAUGCCCAUCACCAUCAAUGAUGUCCCCCCAAGUAUCGCCCAGCUCCUUGAUAAUGAGGAAAGCUGGGACUUCAACAUCUUUGAAUUGGAAGCCGUUACACAUAAAAGGCCACUUGUGUACCUGGGCUUAAAGGUCUUCUCUCGGUUUGGAGUAUGUGAAUUUUUAAACUGUACUGAAACCACUCUUCGGGCCUGGCUGCAAGUGAUUGAAGCCAACUACCACUCCUCCAACGCCUACCACAACUCCACCCAUGCUGCCGAUGUACUGCAUGCCACGGCUUUCUUCCUUGGAAAGGAAAGAGUGAAGGGAAGCCUGGACCAGCUGGAUGAGGUGGCUGCUCUGAUUGCUGCCACAGUCCACGACGUGGAUCACCCCGGAAGGACCAACUCUUUCCUGUGCAACGCCGGCAGCGAGCUCGCUGUGCUCUACAAUGACACUGCAGUCUUGGAGAGUCACCACACAGCCCUGGCCUUCCAGCUCACAGUCAAGGACACCAAGUGCAACAUUUUCAAGAAUAUUGACAGGAACCACUAUCGAACGCUGCGCCAGGCUAUUAUCGACAUGGUUUUGGCUACAGAGAUGACAAAACACUUCGAGCACGUGAACAAAUUCGUGAACAGCAUCAACAAGCCACUGGCAGCUGAGAGUGAGGGCAGUGAUUGUGAAUGCAACCCUACCGGGAAGAACUUUCCUGAGAACCAAAUCCUCAUCAAACGCAUGAUGAUUAAGUGUGCCGACGUGGCCAACCCGUGCCGGCCCUUGGACCUGUGCAUUGAAUGGGCUGGAAGGAUCUCCGAGGAGUACUUUGCUCAGACUGAUGAAGAGAAGAGGCAGGGGCUGCCUGUGGUGAUGCCAGUGUUCGACCGCAAUACCUGCAGCAUCCCCAAGUCCCAGAUCUCCUUCAUCGACUACUUCAUAACAGACAUGUUUGAUGCUUGGGAUGCCUUCGCUCACCUGCCUGCCCUGAUGCAGCACCUGGCCGAUAACUAUAAACACUGGAAGACACUGGAUGACCUCAAGUGCAAAACUCUGAGACUUCCAUCUGACAGCUGAAGCCACGCCCGAGAAGGGGACACUGUGAAUCACAGGGUAGAACAAGCAAGAGGGUUUCCUUUAAAAUGGAAAUGACAGGCGGACACUAAGGGGAUGGUGUUUAAUUUCCGACCUGAAUCAUGCACGCCCCCAAACUUCAUUUCCAGAAAGUUAUAUUCCAUCAAUAAAAAUAUGUUCCUUUGAAUCACUCAGUGACAAAACGAGCUGCCUGGCAGCUUCUUCUGCCAAGCUGUUAGCCUGCGUGCCCUUGUAAAGCCGGAGCUGACUGACUUACUGACGGUACAAGCAGGACACGAGAAGCAAAGGCCUGUUGUGUGUCCAUCCUCCUGACGGAGGUCAGGUAGCUUAGCCAGAGUUCAGCUCAACUGUUACCAGAAAACUAACGACGGAGGCUUUCCUCAGUGGCAAAAGGAUGAAGGAUUCCUAAACAUCUUCUCUGAGCAAAUGGAUGUGAGGAAGGAGCUCAUUAAAAUGAGCAGAAUGAGAAUGAGAUGGUCAGUAAACUAAUUAGUUAGCACUGUGGUUCCCAUGGCUACAUGGGAGACAGUGUGAUAUCCAAGUCAGAACACAUCCUGGGCCUGCCGGGUGUCCCGUGGAUGGGUGCCCGUCACCCGUGGAGCCCCCUUUCCUCCGUGGAACCCGCCUUUUGGAAGCCAGCUGAUAGGGAAGGAGUAGGAUCUCAGUUAGGGGAGUCCUUGAGCACCCCUUACUUCAGGCUCAAGGACACAGCCACAAGUCAGAGUAUCUAUAAAGCCAUUAAGUCUGAAUGCUCGUGGGUAAGGUUUUUUUUAAAAAAAAAAAAUUAAGAGAAGAUAAAUUUAUAUAUAUUUGCUGUUCAAAGAUUUUUAUUAAAAUAAUCUAAAUGUCCCGAAUCUUCACCCCUAGUUUGCUGGGCAUUACCUGUCUGUCUAUAUCUGGGGAGGAAAUGGGGAAGUUCCAAGGUUCGGAUAUCCUUAAUUUAUAUUUGAGAUCAUGCCAUUUGCUUUAAUGAUGUAAAAAGAGACUGCAAGAAGUGUAAAUAUGUCGGGCGGGACAAAGGCAUGGAGAGGCAGUAAAUACUAUUUUAUGCUACCGCCCGUACGCUGACAUUCCUGAAGCACAAGGGCAUAUUUUUAUACAACUUUUCACAAGGCUCUGUGCUCUGCAUACGGUCAGACAGAUCUCCCCUCUCUCUUGUCAGCCGUCCCGCCUCUAUGUGUUACGAACAUCAGAAACCAAGUAAACAAAAUACCUUACUUUUAUUUUAUCUGUACUCCACGAUGCAUUUUAAAGAUGUAUAGAAACUGAACUGAUAGAAUCAGUAGCUACAUUUUUUUUUCCAAGUGAACAUUGGACCUUGGAGUAUGUGGAAAUUGGUACAUGGGGAAGAAAGAGACAACUUAUCGCUACGUAAUGUGCCAAUGUUUUUUUUUUCUAUGUUUUGUACCAAAGUGUAAACAUAUAUGACAAUUCCAUGCAAAGAAAUGCAUCUAAAUUAUUUUUGUUAGAUGGUGAGAGGGCUUGCUUGCUCAGGACAGGAGAUGGCUUUCUAUUGUACUGCUGCGUUAUCUACAUGUGAUGAAAUGUUUUUGUGAAGUACUUGUAACUAAAUUCUUACAGCCAUUUUUUCAUUCCCAA